CGAGCGCGGAGCGGAUAGUGACCGGCGGAGCCGGUGCCGGGCCGAGGACAGUAGAGGUGCCGUGGUGGUAGGAUGGAACAGGGCGGCCGCCGCCGGGCUUUCGGCAGCAUCUGCCCCAACACGGUCCAGGGUCCACCCGCCCGCCUCGCCAAAAAGACAGCCCGGCCCGGGGCGAGGGCUGUAGGGACAGUCCCGGCCUCCCUGAGCUCCCAAGCGCCCCCGCACCCCCCUCGCCGCAGCGCUGUCCCGUCGGCCCCCACCGCGCCCUCCCUCGCACUCGCUACUAUCGACUGGCAGGAUUUGGCAGCCUGUGCCCCCAACCUUCCCACCACCCCAGCCAGCCCCGUGACCCUGCAGCAGGGUCUCUGCUUCCAGGAUGGAACAGAGUUUAAUUUCCAGGAGUUCAGAGAUGCUGUCAAUGAUUUUAUAUCUGAUGGACUGCCUCCAUCACCACUGGACUGUACUGAAUUUGAUUUUUCACUCAGUGAGGAGGUGGCCUUUGGCCCCCACACCCCCCAGAUGGAGAGCAGCAUGCUGUCACAGGUGUCACUUCAGCACCUGCCUUCCUCUGAGUCAUGCUGGAGGGACCUGGCAGGCCAACACCAGAAAGCACUGGGAGAUGCCCUGGUGGUGAACAGCCAGCUGCAGAAGACCCUCAUACAGAGGCAAGAAGAGCUGGUGACCCUGCGGGAGAACAACAUGCAGCUGAAGGAACUGGCCAGCCAGGCCAGGCAGCUGGCUGCUGUCCUUGAUACCCUGAUGCUCCCGCAGUGUGCUGAAAGGGCUGUCCUUCCUCCUCCUCUUCAUUCUCCACCUCAUUCUCCUGCCACCACCCCGGCCAGAACCUGGGGCAGGCACGGGCUACCGGAGCCGCAGGAGGAGGCGGCGGGCGUGGAUGCCAUGCUGCGGGAGGUGUCGGAGAAGUGCCGCGCUGCUCUUAGAAGCCUGGGGGCCAGCCCUGGGCCCGGCCUUGGAGGAAGCCCGGGGAGCAGCCCCACGGCCAAGCGCCCGCGGCCGGCCCCAAGCCUGCACGGCGCCUUUCGCGGGCUGCGCACUAUCCGCACCGCUCCGCGCCCCGGCGGUGAGGGGCUGGAGGGGCCCGGCAGCCUGCGGGCGGCGCUGGGGGAGGCGGGUAGCAUCCGCACCCUGGCCUUCCCGCAGGGCAGUGCCUUUACAGUCCGCACUGCCGCUGGCGGGUACCGCUUCCGCUGGGUGCCGCGCUGAGGCCCCACCGUCCCUAUCACGCGUGUCCCGGGCGCGGCGGAGAGGGGCGGUCCGCAGCGGGAAGCCGGCAGCUCAACCGCGCCCACCGGCACCCUCCGUUUUUUUGUCGUCGCAAGCGGGUACUGGCGUUCUUCGCCGCGGCUGAAGGCUGGAGCGGAAAAGGAAGAAGCGCGGCAGCGGCGACUGCGGCGUGGGCUGCGAGCCUCCUGCAUCGCCGCUGUGUAGUCGCCAGGCUUUACACAGGGCUACCGCGGUUUUCGAGACAGUGACUCGCCGCCAGUAGCUUGUUAAUGCCUGUAGAGAUUAAAUUAAAUUCUUCCCGAUUUUAUGUGGACAUUUUACUCAUCUGAGCAGAAGAACGUGACGUCCAGGACAGUGACCGCGGCUGGCCGGUGCGAAAGCGGCCGGACCAUCCCAAGUGGUUUAAACAAGAUGCACCUGCCCCGUGAUGGAACUUCGCAUCCACAGCGUUCACAAACUGUGCUUGUGUCGUUCACCUGUGCCACUGUAGGGGUACAUUUGCAGGCAGUGUGAUGAAUAAAUAAUGCUUAAAAUUGCCA